AUGACUUCUCAUCAGCCCAGGCCCUUUGUCAUGGCACACACCUCCAACCAGUGGAGCUCUGGAAUCUGUGACUGUUGUCAGAAUGUACCAGAGUGUUGCUUCUCAUUUUGGUGCUUUCCCUGUUUUGCCUGUGCGACGGCUCGUAAGCAUGGCGAGUGUCUGUGUCUGCCUCUGCUUGACGGCUUUGGAUGCAUUCCUCCAAUAACAAUGGCCAUGCGGGUAUCAGUGCGCAAUCGCUAUGGAAUCCAGGGAACUAUCUGUAAUGAUUGCCUUUAUUCCACCUUCUGUGGUGUCUGCGCCUGGUGUCAGAUGUCUCGAGAAAUGAAUGUCCGUGAACAAAAUGUCAACCUUGUCCACAAUCAAGCAAAAUAA